AUGAUGAAUAGCAGUGGAAUCCAAAAUUUACUAAGGAAAAUGUUUUCUUCAAAUAGUAUCCAACCCAUCAAAUUUCAUUCAAUUUAUAUUCACUUAGUAACAAUAUUAAUUUUAAUUCAUUAUAUCUAUGAAAUUAAUGGACAACAAUAUGAUUCAUAUAAAUGGAAAACUAUUCAUGAUAAUCGUGAUGAUGAAGAUACAACAUAUUUACCAUUGAAUAGAAUGACUAUUAAUUCUUUAUUACAUCAUAAUGAUCAUGAUCAUAAUAAUAAUGGAAGAAAAAUUAUUAAAACAAGAGCAAUUGAGAUUGCACCACCAGAAAGACCAUUUAUAUUUGAAACUCCUGAAGCACUUAGAACAUAUUUACAUAAAUUAAAUGAAUAUUUUGCAAUUAUAGGACGUCCUAGAUUUGGUCGAAGAAGAUGA